AUGUUCCGAAGAUCGUUUAAUUUGUCAUUCUGUGCAUCCAGAAAGCCACUACCCUCUCUUAGGCUGAAAAGUUGUUUGGUAAGGUUUAGUGUUUACGAAAUUGAGACGCGGAAUCUUCACAAAUCUUGUAUACAGUUUUUAUAUGACAAGAGUAAACUAGAGGAAACACUGAAAAUGUUGAAGGAGCAAGCGACAUUGGAGGAAAAAGAAGGCCAGGCACGUAAACAGAUGAUAGAGAAGGCAAAGCUACAAGUAGCUCUUGAACCCGUGUACAUACGAUGGCCCAGAGCUUUCAAACAGGGCUGCAAACAUUACUAUCAUGGGUUCCGAUUAUUAUUCCUAGAAAUGCGAUUAAGUGCCAAAUAUUUAUGGAGAUUCUUACGCAGAAAACCGCUGUUACGUCGUGAGCGGCAACAAUUAGUGAGAACGCUUUCCGAUGUGCUACGAUUGAUUCCGUUUUCUGCUUUCGUUAUUGUACCUUUUCUGGAAUUUACAUUACCUCUCUUCCUGAAAUUAUUUCCGAAUAUGUUGCCAAGCACGUUUAAGGAUGCUACUAAAGAGGAAGAGAAAUUGCGAAGAAAAUUGAAGGCAAAAUUGGAAACAGCGAAACUGCUUCAAGCUGCCAUGGAAGAAAUGGCUCUGUACAAGAUAAAAAAUGCUACAGAUGAUGAUAAGACAGCCAGCAUUGCUGUUGAAUUCGCAGAAUUUAUAAAGAAGGUGCGUUCAGAAGGGAGUUACGUUACCAAUAAGGAUCUUCUUAAGUAUAUUAAGCUAUUCGAAGAUGAAAUUACGUUAGACAAUUUGCCAGCUAACACACUCCGAGCAUUAUGUCGUCUUCUGAAUAUCCAUCCAUUCGGUUCGCUUGAAAUUAUUCGAUUUCAGUUGUCGUUGAAGCUGCGGGCUUUGAGAGCAGACGAUCAGGAAAUAGCUUUGGAAGGUGGGGUGGAUACAUUAACAGUGCCCGAGCUACAACAGGCAUGUAGAGCACGUGGAAUGCGUUCACUGGGAAUGAGCGAAGAGCGUCUUAAGAAACAGUUAAAACAGUGGCUGGAACUAUCGCUUAAUGAUAAAGUGCCGCCAUCACUGCUGCUCUUAUCACGCACUAUUUAUCUGCCAGAAGAUAUCACAUUCAUGGAUCGUUUGAAAGCUCUAAUAACGAGUUUACCAGAUAAUAUCGCUGAAGAAACUCGCCAAAAUUUGGCAGAGAUUGAAGGUGAUAAAGUAAGUUAUGGAGCGAGGCUUAAGCUUGUACAAAAUAUUGAGAAAGCCAUCGAUUCUGAAAGAAAAGCGAUUGAGGAAGCCGAAAAGAAGGAGGCAGCUAAGAAAGCUGAAGAGGAAAAGAUAGCAGCAGCCGAGGCAGCAAAAGCGGCAGUUAGUGCACAAGUUGAAACUAUGGCUGAACUCUCUCCGGAAUCACCCCCAGUUUUGGAAAUCGCACAACCAGUGACGCUUCAAGAAAAGAAGUCCGUCGUGGAUGCAACCAGUAAAUUGCAAAUUGAUGAAGAACAUGUGCAGUCAAUAGAAAAUGUUAUCCAUGGUAACGCGAUAUCAGAAGCAAAAUAUGACAUCAGAGAAUUGAAAGAGCAAAUUAACGAUCACAAUGAGGAUCUAGAAGAACUGGAUUUAUUAAUGAAGGAUUUAAAAGAACCUAGGGGAGCUAAACUACUUCGAGCACGUGUCAACAAAAUGCUGGAAAAGGCGAAUAAAUUGUUAGAAAAGCUAGAUGAAGAUAGAAAAACUAUCGGUGAAAUAUCUGAAGAUGCUGCUGGUGAAGACAAAAAGAUAAAAGA